AUGGCAUCACCUGCGCCGACAGACGCCGCCGCACUGGAGAGCGUAGUGCUGGCGGCGCUGAGCUCGCUCUACCAGCCGCACGUGACCAACCCGCAGGAGACGCAGGCAGCCGACGCUUUCCUACGAGGCUUCCAGCUCACGCCCGCGGCCUUCGACGUGUGCGCGUCGCUUCUAGACCAAUUGUUACGGGCGCGACAGAACUCGGAAACGUUACAUUCGGACAGCGUCCCCGCCGUGUUCUUUUCGGCGCAGACCCUGGCCAAUAAACUGCGACGCCAGCCUUCGACGUCCGCCUUAGACGCCGGCACUUGGGCCAAGCGGAUCGUAACCUGGUUAUCCUGCGACAGUCGAUUACCAAAGAUGGUGGUUACGCAGCUUCUGCUUGCUCUUGUAGCGACGUUACCGCGUCUCCAGGCCCAGGACCUCAAGCUGCAAGCCACUCAAGACGCAGACAAGAGCGCCAGCCAGUUGUACGCGGUGGUUCGGGAAAGUUACACCCAGUGCAGUGGGCAAAGUGUACUGGGGUACGCUUUGUUACGCUUGGUCCAGCAAAAUGUAACCUCCACAGUCUUGGCCGAGUUACUGCUACUUGUAGUGGAAGAAGUGGACACUUUAGCCGAACGCAGCGCCAGACAGAGAAUGCAGGACGAGGUGGACGCCUGGGCGCCAGCUGUUCUGGACCGACUGCUGCCUCAGGUGAUGCACGAGGCGAGUACCCGAGGAGUGGGCACUUGUUCGGACAGCGUGGAGACCCAGGAGACGGUGCUGCGAGCUCUGACGAGCUGGCUACGCUACGUGAGAGUGGACGCCGAGGUGGUGGUGCGUAACCCAUUAUUACACUCGCUACUGGGCUUUUUGGCUCGAGACGAGCUGUUCGAUGCGUCGGUGGAUUUGGCUGUGGAGCUUGUGAGAUCUUAUGCUAAUAAUAGUGUCGUGGUGCAGUGGCUCGCCCCGAGAUUAUUAUCUUUGAGAGGAUCUUUUGGCUCUGCAGCUGACGCGGAAAAUGUGGACGCGUGUCUGGGCCUUUGUAGGAUCUUCACUGAGAUGGGAGAGGCCUAUUUGGAAAUGUUACUGGGGGCAGGGGACGACCACACGGCGCUGGUGGAUUUGUUACUGGACUGUAUGAGUUAUCCGGACGCUGAAGUGGCGGAUGUUACGAUCUCGUUCUGGUUCCGACUGCUGGAAGAGCUGCGGCGUCGUGUUACCCCUGCGAUUCUGGCUCAGUACAAGCCCAGACUCGAGAGGCUGGCAGGUCUCUGUAUGCAGAAGCUGCAGUUCCGAGAAGAAUUCCCGCGUCUACCGGCAGAUAAGCAGCAGGACUUCAAGGCCUUCCGUCAGGAGCUGGGCGAUAUCUUACGCGAUUGCUGUCAGUUGCUGGGCGUCGAAGCAGUUCUCCAGCACUGCGUCAACGGACUGAGCCAGAUCUUCCAAGCGCCGGCCGCGUCGCGCAGUUGGGAGGCCGUGGAGGCUCAUUUGUACUGCUUCCGGUCGAUUGCACGCGAGGUGGAGAGACUCAAGACCAGCGCUGAGGCGCUGGACGCGCCUAUUUCGCUCAUUUUCCAGCACCUACCGCAGUUCGCUGACCACCCUGCGAUCUGCUACACGUCGUGUCUGAUCGUAUCGCGUUAUGCCGAGUGGCUACGGGCGCAUCCUUCGUCGCUGUCGACGCAGGUGAGCUUCCUGAACACGUGCGUGACCAAGAGCGCGGGAGAUGCUCGAUACGGAGAGUGGGAAGUGGCCAGAGCGGCGGCGUGUGCUGUGCGAGCACUGGCGAUGGACUGCUGGGCGAUGCUGGGCGCAGAUAUUGUCGCGUUCUACCUGCACAUUGAGCAGAAGGAGCUCAUGGGUGUUGAAGACCAAGUGUUGAUCCUUGAAGGGAUCUGCGCUGGCGUGGCGAGCUCCGAUGAUCUGCCGCGUACUCUCUCUGUGCUGGAUCAAGUGAUGAAGGGCAUUGGACAGCGCCUCGCAGCUCUGUUCGCCUCCAGCUCAGCCAAGAGCCAAGUGCAGGUCGCACUUAACGAGCUACUGCGGUUAAUGUGUCUCUACGAGUAUCUGGACGUGACGAAGCUUGACGGAGAGAAACACCCGCUCGUGAUGCUGACGGAGCAGUUGUGGCCGCUGAUUAAUCAGAUGUUGGCUCUGUAUCGCGGCCACGACGAGCUGGUGGAGCGUGUGUGUCGCUGCUACAAGCGCAUUCUUCGCACUUGUGGCGACCACAUCGCGCCCUUGUUGCCUCAACUUGUGGACAAUUUGCUGGCAUUCUACCAGGCGGAACCCAAGUCUUCGUACCUGUACACGGCCAGUAUGGUGCUCAAGUUCUUCGCCCCCAGCAGGUCGACAGAGAUGGAGUCUUUGUUCGCUCGAAUGCUCUUCACGCUCAUCGAGACGACGACGCCCAUUUUCGCCAGUGUGGACGACAUGGAAGCGCGUCCGGAUGUGGUGGAGGAGUUUUUCUUCCUCCUGGAGCGAGCUGUUCGUUGUGUGCCCCAAGUGCUGGCUGCUGUGCCCGCAGGAGGCUCGAGUUGUCCGCUGAUGACGAGCGUCUUCUCGUGCGCUGUGUCUGCGCUCGCGAUCUCGCACAAUGACGCCAACAAGGCGGUGCUGUGCUUCUUGGAGCAAGUGUAUGUGCAGUCUUUGACGGACAACGCGCACAGCAACAAGAUGCUGGUAAGUUUUCUGCUGCGAGGUGUAGUGCUCGGUGCCAUGUCGCCUUCAAGAGUGGACGCAGAUUACGGCUCAGCAGCGGGGGUUUUAGUGCAGCUAGCGAAGGUGAACGGGCAGCAGCUGCAGCUGUGGAUCGCCGAGUGGUUUGAACAGGCCACAGCAGGAACGUUCGCGACUGCGGCCGUCAAUUUCCUCACGUCAGACGAAGCGCAGGAAUUCCAGAGCGACUUGUUCGGUGCUGCCAACGAGCGCGCGUUCCGACGGACUGUCCGUCACUUUGGGAAGCUCUGCGCUUCUCGCAACACAUCACUCAAGGACCGCGAGCGCCAGUAG